AUGCACCAGGAGUCGCUGCAGCAUCCUCUCGCCGGUGGGGGAGCCUGGCUGGAGCAGGCCUGCCUGGGGCAUGGAGCAGUUAGGACUGAAGGAGUGUUCUCCUCCCCCCAUCUCUGUCCUGCUGCAACACCCCCCAUUUACAGCCUGCUUGUGUCUUGCUUCCCGGCUAGGAAGAUGCUGGCACUCCUGGCAGCCCUGCUCCUCCUGCACAGCGUGCCGUCCAGCUGGGCGUGUUACUUGAAAUCUCCAAAUUCAAGCUUCAGCGUGGACCAGGAGUGGUCGGAAUUCAGUAGCAAGACUUCCCUGAACCUCAGCAACCUUGCCAUCAAGGAAAUCAAUGGCUCUGCCCAGGUGGGGGGGUCGGUCGAGAUGCUGGAUCUGUCCUGUAACUACCUGCAGAGUCUUCCCCGGGAUUUCCUCUCCCAGGCACGCGCUCUCGAGCGGCUCUACCUGCACCACAACGAGCUGUCGGAGCUGCCCAUGGAGUUCUUCAAGAACGCCACCAACCUGCAGAGCCUGGUCGUGGACUGCAAGUGCGACGUUGUGGGGAGCGUGGUCAACUACUGCAGUAGCUCCAACAGCACCUGCCAUUGCCGCUCAGAGGAGGGAAUCUUCAACGUCACCGAGUUCAACACGCAGAAGUGCCAGCCUCUUUGCACGCCGCUCUGCGUGGCCAUCACCAGCUCAGUGCUGGCCGUGCUGCUGCUGGUGGGGGGCCUGGGCGUGGGCUUGUUCCUGCUCAGGAAGAGGAGACAGGCCUCUGUCAUCCACAGCAAGCGGGAAUCCACCACAUCCAUCACCCACGGCCAGCCGCGCUACAUCAGCCGCAACGCAGAGAUGGGCCCCGGCCAGGCCAGCGACUAUGAAAAUGUCUUCAUUGGCCACUCCCAGCCAGUAGGGCAAUACGAGUGUCUGGAGAGAAAGGGACCACAGUACAGAGUCCAGCAGCCGGUGGCCGAGGAGUGUUACAUGGAGAGCGACGCCUGCGGAGACCAGCCCGUUUAUGCCAACACCCAGCAGCUGUACAGCAGCAGUUUCCCCGACCCCAGUGACGCCGAGGAGGUGUACAUCGUCCCGGACAAAUGAGCCCUCCGCCCGGAGACACCCAGCCCCGGCCGUCUCUGGGGAGCGGGCUCAGGCCGCGGGGGGGCCACAGUCCCAUUCAGGAGCUGUGACCACGUGUCACGCCCCGGGGAGGGGACUGCUGGGGAUCCCAAUUAAAGCAAAAUCACCUGGCAAUUGCUUCUCCCCCCCCCCGGGUAUUACCCUGCAGCCAGCCCCAGUGCAGCCCCACUGGAAUGCAGACAGCUCAGGUUUCCCCUGGGGGGGCUGGAAUUUCCCUUUCCCCAUUGAGAGGGAGAGCCCCCCCCCCCGGGGCGGGGGAGGGGAUCCUACCCCUGCAUCAGGCUGCAGAUUCCUCCAGAAAUAGAUCCCGCUUCUCCUGCCAACGUGCCUGGUUCUGCGCCAGGCUGGCUGAGCCGCGGCUGGGACCCAAACACCACGUGGUUUCCUCUGCACCUGGGAACUGCGGGGGGGAGACGGCACACGGCCACCCCACGGAGCAGCCCAGCGGACCCCUCGAGGGACACAGGAAGGGCACGGGCAGGACAGAGCCGAUUCCCAGAGGAAGUGGGGCCUCACUGGAAAGGAGGGACCCGGAGCGCUGGGGCUCCAGGAAUCGAGGGAGAUGUGCCCGAGCAGGGCUCAAGGCAGCCAGGCCAUGGUGUGUCGUGGGGAUUCCUGGGGUGGGGGACCUGCCUGCCCCGGGUGCCUUUGCUGUCUGCACCAAGCUCAAUAAAGAGAUUGUAGCCAGGA